AUGCAUCUGGAAUUGGUCAAGACACUGGGUUGCGUGGUGCUGCGAGGAGACCACGUCGACAACAUCGCUCGGUCAUCACCCCCACCAACAACAUCGGGACCGAGAUAUCCAUACCACGUUACGAUUCUCACAAAAGCCGAAUCUCAACAGCUCAACAAUUCAGUUGACACGCCUCAUCAAAUCAGCAAAAUUGUCGAACGGCUUCUUAGCACACCUCAAUUACUGGAAGACCCAAUCGAUUUAGGUGUUGCGAUACAUGGCUCGACUGGCUUUAACGUGCUCUUCUGGCCUCAAGGCAAUAAUAUCAGACAUCAGUUGGGACUUUCGAACAAGCAAUUCCACAUCACCUUGACAUCUGACGAUAAGCACGACAUCGAUAAGGGCGUCGAUUCCAUCACGCGGUGCAAGACUUUAGACUCAGAUCAUAUAGACUUGAUUGUGCGGAGCUGUGCUACACUGGCGAAGAAGGCUGAACACCAACAUUCGGUACUCGCUUGUGAAUAUCUGGAUACACACCCUGGAAACGUCUCCGCAUUGCUGCGUGCAGCACAGUGCUGUCAUCUGCCACUGGAAGCCAAACGAGCGAUGUGUCUCUAUGCUCAAGCAGCAGAUCUAUUACUACCCGACGGGCGUGAAGCGAUUGUUUCUCAGUGCGUUGCCGCUCUAGUCAGCUGCUCCGAGCAUACUGAGUUCGGAUUGUUCUUCCUCGAUGGCGAAGUCGAGGACUGGAAACACAAUCGGCCUCUCUACUCUGCAUGCCAAAAGGCUUUCCAAAAUCCACAGCUACGCCGCUUGGUCCAGCAACAAAUCACCACAAGUAGGUACCAAGACAUCGAAACCUUGAUUCCAAGUCUACUCUCGCUCGCCUCCAAUCAGGAUGUGUUUACUCCUUUGGAAGGGGAGCUUUACAGGCUACCCAGAUUCUUCAGAUGGCUGCUGCCUUUUCGUCUGGCGGUAAUGAGCACACCACGAUGCAAAGAAGACAUCACGGCAUUAGUAACACAAAAUAUCACGUUAGUGGUGACAUUGACUGAAGAAGAGCCCCUGUCAGCAGAGUGGUUCGCUGACACAUCUUGUCGAAACAUUCUCAUGCCUGUACGCAAUUACAAGGCUCCGACAGUCGAGCAGAUAGACGAGUUCAUCGAGUGUGUUGACAGCUUGCCAAUGGAGGAAGCUGCAUUGGUUCAUUGCGGAGGUGGCAAAGGCCGUGCCGGAACAUUCGCUGCUUGCUAUCUCAUGGCCCGAGGAUUUGGAACUACUGAUACAAGUCAUGAUUCUGAGCAGGCAGUUCGUAUCUUCCCUGGAGACGCAAUCAAACUCUUACGCCACAUGCGACCCGGUAGUAUCGAGACGGCUGAGCAAGAAAGCUUCAUCAGAGAUUACGCACAAUACCUCAUCAGCGGACGUCAGGCAGUACCAGCUCCCGCGACUCCACCGGACAUUCAGGAGUCACAAGCACCACUCGAGCUUGAAGGGAAGCUACCCAAAGCCCCUUCCAUUAUUGUUUGCUGUGGCGUACCUGGCUCUGGUAAGAGCACUUUUGCAUCACAUCUUACAAUACUUGGGUACACUGUCAUAUCUCAAGACGAGCUGGGUAGUCGCACGGCUUGCUUGAAUGCUUUAUCCAAUGCCAUGAACAGCGGCCGCAAGAUACUCAUUGAUAGAUGCAACCCAUACGUCGAAGACAGAGAACAGUGGUUGGCACAUGCAUUCCAUCCAACCAACGCACUAUGUGUCUGGUUCGAUGUCGACUCCGAACUUUGUGUAAAGAGAGCUGAUGCGCGAACGAACCACCCCACGAUAGCGCCAGGGAGAGCGAAAAAGAUUGUUCAUUCUUUCACGAAAACUUUCGUAAAGCCGAGCAAGAAAGAAAAGUUUGCUUGCAUCGCGAGAGUAUCAUCGAGCGUCGCGGCUUCUGACCUUCUUCUAAGACUUGGUAGGCCCUUCAUUCACAAGUUUCCUCGAACAAGACAUCUUUACAACGCUGGCUCUGCGACUCGCGACGAUCUUAUUCUGACCUCUUCAGACGCCGUGGCCUUUCUUGACUCUUCCGACCCAUCAAUCUCUCUGACUAUUGAAGAGAAAGUCGAUGGCGCAAACCUCGGCAUCAGUCUUGAUUCUUCCGGCAACUUCAAAGUACAAAAUCGCUCGCAUUACGUCAACAGCAAAUCACACGCACAAUUCAAGAAGCUUGACAGAUGGUUGGAAGACCACUAUGAAGGCCUGAUCACCGUGCUGCAGGUAGAUGAACCUGGCAAGUGGAUUCUGUAUGGCGAGUGGCUGUUUGCCAAACAUUCCAUACAUUACACCAGCCUUCCGGACAUGUUUCUUGCUUUCGAUCUCUUUGACACGGAGCGCGGCACUUUUCUGAGCCGUGAGGCGUUGAGCGAAAGGCUGAAUGGGACAAACAUAUAUCAAGUCAACGAUCUCGAAGUACCCGAAACUCUGAAUGAGCAAUCAUUGCUAGACAUUGUACGCUCUCGACAGUCGAUCUACUACGACGGCAUUGUUGAAGGAGUAUAUCUCCGCCGGCAAAAAGACGGCAGGACUAUCGACCGUGCCAAAAUUGUCCGGUCGGAUUUCAUCACAGGAGACGAACAUUGGAAUCGAAGAGGCAUAACACCGAAUGUAGUUGCUUACGAAUGA